GUAUACACCAGAUGACAUUUGUUAAGUUUUUCAUUUCUGAAAGAUUUAGAGCCAUCCAAGUUCUCCUCCAGUCUCUUUCUACUGAGGAUAUCAUAUCUGCUUUUGUUCUCUUCUUUCAGACUCUACUCCACAUUUCAAAUCUUAUCAACCUCUUUAAUGCUGAAAGGGUCUGAUGCAAUUGAAGCAUUCGUUAAUAAUAUCAGAAGCCAAUCAACUUUCACGUUUUCUUUUUUCCAAUGUCUCAAUCUUUUUGGUUGGUAUGCAACGUUCAAAUUCAGAUCUUUCAGUAACAUUUGUUGGAGGAUAGACUUGAAGGAGGGUAUGAUGGUCACCGAUGGGAUGCAAUGAUUUAGUUUUCCACCAGGAGGUUGCAAAUUUUUUCCUUCGAUAAAAUACUGAAGAAGAGGAGAUUUUUCUGGAUAAUUUUGGCGCUUUUUCUAGAGCGACCCACUUCGUGGAAAUCAAAUGGGAUUUCGGAUCUUCAUCUGAGAUACAGAAAACCCAGAAAUCUUUUAUGGGCUAUGUUUUUGUUCCAGAAGGUUUGCUUAUUCUUUUUUCGUUGCCCUUUUACAAUCGCUUGCAAAGGUGGGUUUCCCAAAAAGAAAAGGAGAUUGUAACUUUGGCUCUUCUCUGAAAGAACUGGGAUUAUCGAAAACAUAUGAUUUUUGGCUGUUCCUGGAUGGUUGAUAGCUUCUUCGAAUGAAGAGUUCUUCAGUUUGGAUUCGAACUUCAAUAGAUUUUCCAGUUUAUUUCUUUGGGAAUUCCCCUCGAGUUCAAUGUUUUCUGCUAUUUCCUCUUAUUGUUAGAAGUAGAUAAUUGACAUUCAUUCAAAAUUAGAAACCCUUUCAUCUUUUAGUUGACUCAUGCAGUUGAGCUUUUUUUUUUUUUCGUCUAUUGAAUUGUCCUGGCUGUGAAAUGGGUUGCUUUUAAAUAGUUCCUCCUCCAGAAAAUUUAAUGUGGGUUUUGUUUGGCAAGUUCCACUGCCCUUCUUUCAUUUGCUUUUGCAAACCUUCUUCUCAUCUGCUCUCUCCUUCCCCAUUGAAAUUAGAGAACAUUCCACAUGUUCCUUCUCCUUUAUCUUCGGUUCCUGACGCUGUGGGUCAGUUUUCUAGUGAGACGAUUGGGGUAAAGAAUGAAAGUUUUAAUGGAAAUCAAGUUGAGAAUUUUCCAAAAAGCACUCUCCAUUUGUCAGUUGAGACGAUUGAGGUAAAAAAUGAAAGCUUUAAUGGGAAUCAAGUUGAGAAUUUUCCAAAAAGCAGUCUCAAGAAGCCGUCUUCAGAAUCAGGUGUUAAGAAAGAGGUUGAAAAGGCCAGAGUGCAGUGGAUAGAUUUCUUAGGGAAAGAACUUGUUGAGAUCAAGGAAUUUGAACCUAGUGAAUCAGAAGAUUCAGAUGAUGAAGGACAGGGUCAUCGGGGCUGUGUUUGUGUUAUUCAGUGAUUCUGCUUAUUCUGCUUUCUUCAGUACCCUAUUAGCUACAGCAUGGGCAGGAAGACAACAACUCCCAUUUCCUUGGGCUCCAUGUUCUGGUCAUGUGUAGUUUCCGUUUGGGUUUAGUCCCUGAAUGUGCAGCCCAAUGUUUAUGAUGGAUAACAUCAACCAAUUGAGCUGCAGGGUCGAGCUCAAAAGAAAUUGCUUCCAUUGCUUUAAAAUCUUCAAAAGAAUGUACUUCCAGUACAUUGCAAUCUCCAAUGGCAUUCUUUUCAAGCAAGGGAUUUUAUUUAGAGAACUGUACUGAAGCCAGGUGCCAUUCCUUCCAUUAUUUUCUCACUAGGAUCUGAAUUAGGAAUCUUUCUUUGUGUUCAAUUUUUGUGCACAAUGCUUUCCUUCUAUUAAAGUAAAAAAGGGAAAAAAUGAUUUAGAAGAAAGAUUCAUUUUUUAUCCCAGUUUAGGUCCUGACUUGGUUUUGCAUCUGAUUGUAAAAAAUAAUCCCACACCAACUCAGAUUAUUCCAUCAAUGAACACUUCAUUUUUCCAUUCAAUAGUUCCUGUUCUGUUAUGUUGGAAACUUGGAAUAUUUGAUCCCCACUCUCCUUGUUUAGAAAUAUCAGAAUGGUAAAUGGAAUUUGUACA